AUGGAGACCUUGAAACACUUUGGCAUUGGCUUCUCCACUCCAAGUCUUGUCCCUUUUCGACACCAAAGAAGACCUCAAAAGCUCAAUCCCACCUGCUUCGCCAGCAAAUGGGCGGAGCGCCUCCUCGCCGACUUUCAAUUCCUCGGCGACUCCUCCUCCUCCUCCUCAGACCACCAAAACCACCAUUCCCUAUAUUCAGCCACCGCCACUCUCGCUCCUCCUCAUCUGCCUCCCCAUAUCGCUUCCCCCGAGCGCCACGUGUCCAUCCCCAUCGACUUCUACCAGGUUCUGGGCGCCCAGCAACAUUUCCUCGGGGACGGUAUAAGGAGAGCUUAUGAGGCUAGGGCUUCUAAGCCACCGCAGUACGGCUUCACUCAAGAAGCAUUGUUCAGCCGGAGGCAGAUCCUUCUGGCCGCUUGCGAAACCCUAGCCGACCCUAGGUCCAGGAGAGAGUACAAUCAAGGUCUUGCUGAAGACGAAGACGGAACCAUCCUCACCCAAGUUCCUUGGGACAAGGUUCCCGGAGCUCUGUGCGUGUUGCAAGAAGCUGGAAAGACCGAGCUUGUUCUUCAAAUUGGGGAGAGUUUGCUAAGGGAGAGGCUGCCCAAGUCGUUCAAGCAAGAUGUCGUUUUGGUGAUGGCACUUGCUUACGUUGACAUGUCCAGGGAUGCAAUGGAAUUAUCCCCACCUGAUUUUAUUCGAGGUUGUGAAGUGCUGGAGAGGGCUUUGAAACUCUUGCAGGAGGAAGGUGCCAGUAGCCUUGCACCUGAUCUUCAAGCACAAAUUGACGAGACACUGGAAGAGAUCACCCCACGCUGCAUUUUGGAACUUCUAGCCUUACCCCUUGGUGAUGAGUACCGAUCAAGAAGGGAAGAGGGCCUCCACGGUGUGCGCAACAUAUUGUGGUCUGUUGGAGGAGGAGGAGCGGUUGCAAUUGCUGGGGGAUUCACUCGUGAAAAUUUCAUGAACGGGGCCUUCUUGCAUAUGACUGCAGCUGAGCAGGUUGAUUUAUUUGUAGCUACCCCCAGUAAUAUCCCAGCAGAAAGCUUUGAAGUUUAUGGGGUGGCUCUUGCGCUUGUUGCUCAAGCCUUUGUUGGUAAAAAACCUCAUCACAUUCAAGAUGCUGAUAACCUAUUCCAGAAACUUCAGCAGUCUAAGGUAACAGCUGUAGGACAUUCUCUUGACAACUAUAUAACCAAAGAAAACAGUGAGAUAGACUUUGCUUUGGAGAGGGGACUCUGUUCACUUCUUCUAGGGGACCUUGAUGACAGUCGUUCAUGGUUGGGCCUUGACAGUAAUGAUUCACCAUAUAGAAAUCCAUCUGUUGUAGACUUUGUCUUGGAGAACUCAAAGGAUGACGAUGACAAUGACAAUGAUCUUCCUGGACUUUGCAAGCUAUUGGAGACGUGGUUGAUGGAGGUGGUAUUCCCCAGGUUUAGAGACACCAAAGACAUAGAGUUCCGACUGGGAGACUACUAUGAUGAUCCUACAGUCUUGAGAUACUUAGAAAGGCUGGAUGGCACUAAUGGUUCACCCUUAGCUGCUGCUGCUGCCAUAGUGAGGAUUGGAGCUGAGGCUACUGCAGUUCUUGAUAAUUUCAAGGCCAGUGCACUUCAGGCAUUGCAGAAGGUGUUUCCUCUGGGUUACAGGGAUGAGAAUGUGCAACGUCAAGAAGAUCAUGAGAUGAAUUAUUCUCUUCUCCCUGUAGAAACUGGAGAGUCUCUGGAAGAAUCUGAUGGAGAUGAUUCUGUCCAUGUAGCUGAGGUUUCUGGAAGAGAUGAUUCUGUUGUAAUACGUGAAGAAGAAUUGAUUACUGACAAAAUCAAAGAUGCGAGUGUGAAGAUUAUGUGUGCUGGUGUGUUAAUUGGACUAAUGACGUUAGCUGGAUUAAGGCAUUUACCUGCUAGGAAGGGUUCAUCCAAUCUACAGAGAGAGCUUAGUUCAAUGACUGCAUCUGAUGUCGCAAGUGCAGGGCUACCAGGUGUUGAGAAAUCUGCAGAGGAAUUACCCAAAAUGGAUGCAAGAAUUGCAGAAGGUCUAGUUCGCAAAUGGCAAAACAUAAAAUCUCAGGCUUUCGGGCCCAAUCAUUCUGUGGAAAGCCUGUCUGAGGUUUUGGACGGUGAGAUGUUGAAGAUAUGGACAGAUCGCGCGACCGAGAUUGCACAGCUUAAUUGGUCCUAUGACUACACCCUGUUGAACUUGAGCAUUGACAGUGUGACUGUAUCGCUAGAUGGGCAGCGUGCUGUGGUGGAAGCAACUCUGGAAGAGUUGGCCCAGUUAACUGAUGUCCUUCAUCCAGAGCACAAUGCCUCAAACAACAGAACGUACACCACCAGAUAUGAGAUGUCUUGUUCGAGCUCAGGAUGGAAAAUCAGUGAAGGAGCUGUCCUCCGAUCAUAA